AUGACCUCUCCACGGCGACACUCCCUUUCAAAUAUUAUCUCAUCAUUGAAGCACAAGUCGCGAAACAUCAUACGGUCUCAACCCUCUGCGUCAUCCUCAACAGCAACUACACGGUCGAAAGAAUUGACCCGACGAGUGCGCCGGACCGCAAACCCUCGCGCGCUUGAUUACUCGCAACUUCCGACCGAACUUUGGCUGAUCAUCCUCCGGGAAGCGACUCUCAUGUCCCCGGAUCCUCUGGAUACCUCUGUCGACCUCUCUUUUCUCGAGGCACACCCGCCUGACGUGGACGUAUACGCGGCGUCAAUGCGGACGAAACAGGCACUGUCACUCGUAUCUAAAUCAUGGAACUCUCUCAUCAAGAUGUAUCUCUAUGAAUUUGUUUGGAUCUCCCGCGCGGCGCAAGCGAAGGCGCUCGCGCACUUCUUGCUUCUUGAGUUCGUCGCAGCGCGACCAUCAAGCGGUGCCCAUAUUCGGCGGCUACAUAUCGAGACGCCGGUUUUGGAACGAUGCGCCAUCGUUGAUCUACACACAAUCCUCGAAUACGCCCCGCAGUUGUCCGUGUACACAGACCACCAAAGUCUGCAACGCAACCGCUUCGAUGCCCCGCCCGAUCCGCGCUGCGAGCCGGAGAAGUUACUGAGCCUACUCGCACACCCGCGUUCUGAGCUGCGCCGCUUAAGCUGGACCAGCUACGAAGAUGCACCGUUUCACCAACGCAUGAGUCCCUUGAUGGACAUGCGCACACGCACCCUGGAAUACCUGGAGCUCAGCAGCUGCUCGCCCAACUUUCGUGCGCUCGUUGCGGAUGCGGACGGUGCCGCGGCAAUGAAGGUUCGGCUGCCGGCGCUCAAGAGCCUCAAAGUCACGUUGGACAAUGACAUGUUCGGGGCGCUUGCUGGCUGGGAGCUACCAUCGCUGCGGAACCUUUCCGUCCUCAGCGCGGACUUCAGCUACACCGGCAAGGGCUUCUACCGGUUCUUCACCGCGCAUGGCGCCGGACUGCGUCAACUCGAGCUGGGCCACUCCAGCAGCCUCGUAGAGGAGCACUACGUCACAAACCGACCAGGCGAAGAUAACGCCAGCCGCCUUUGUCUGGCGCGCCUCUGUCCUAAUUUGCGCGAGCUUAUCUGUAGCGCCGACGCCGAGUGGCACUGGGAAAGCCCGGACUGGAUCGCGCCUCACGUGCUCUUACCUUGCCACCCGCGCCUUGAGCUAAUCGCCGUGCGCGACAUGGAUGCGCGCAUCACCGACGCCCUUGCGCACCAGGCGAACGGCAACGGAUUCUUUCCUUUGCUAGAGCAGAUGAGCAGCCUGCUUCAACCCACGGCCUUCCCACAACUAAAGUACAUCCGCGACCUCAGCGUCGCAAGCGCACUGCGACGCGAGGAAGAGGGUGCCCCUGCGCCGAUGCUAACGUUCUGGCGCAAGGUCCUAGACAUGUGCGCGGAUCGUGGCGUCUGGCUUGAGGACUACCGUGGCGUCAAUAUCACUGCUCGCGAGCUCAAGCGACUCGAGAUGCGCGCAAUAUCGGGCGGCCGCCAUUGGUAA